UAGUAGUCUGUGGUACCAAUUACCAAAGAACAUUUGUUACCUAAUUUAUCUAUCUACGUUCGAAUCACGUUCUGAAAUUCCGAUUACCGGAAGAUAGUGAUAACCUACGGUGAUAUCACCAAAUGCAAAAACGUUUUAUCGAAGUCUCAACAACGCAAUUUGUGUCUAUAUUCUUGAUUCUGUAGUAGUCUAUGGUGAGUGGUGUCUACUCUAGUUUAUUGGUCUCUGGUGUCUACUAACUGGGGCGAAGUUGGGCACGCAGUUUAAAGGUGUUCUGCGGGAUUUUUCUCAGUACAUAAUUAAUUUUAAAAAGAAAACAAAAAUGGAGAAUUUGGAGCAAGUAUCAUCAAACAAGAUCUUUGGGGGUCAACAAAGAGUGUAUUCACAUGAGUCUUCUGAGCUUAAAUGCAAGAUGAAUUUUUCCCUCUACCUGCCACCACAGGCUGAAGGUGGUGACGUGAAGCUGCCAGUGAUUUUCUACCUCUCAGGGCUUACCUGCACUGAACAAAAUUUCAUUACAAAAUCAGGUUUCCAAAGAUAUGCCGCAGAACACGGUAUAAUUGUCGUGGGUCCUGAUACUUCCCCUCGGGGUGUUAAGAUUGAUGGAGAUGAUGAGUCAUGGGACUUUGGAGUGUCUGCUGGGUUCUACUUAGACGCCGCCAAGGAACCGUGGUCCAAGAAUUACAGAAUGGGAAGCUACUUAAACACCGAAUUAUAUGAUCUAAUAUUGAAGGCAUUCAGCAAUGUAGUAGACCCUGAUAGAAUUGGUAUUAUGGGACAUAGUAUGGGAGGUCAUGGCGCUUUGGUAUCUACUCUUAGAAACCCCGGACAGUACAAAUCAGUCAGUGCUUUUGCUCCUAUUUGCAAUCCCACAGCCUGUCCAUGGGGCGUAAAAGCCUUUAAUGGUUAUUUGGGAGAAGACAAAGCUAAGUGGGUGGAGUGGGAUGCUACAGAAUUGGUCAAGAAAUAUGAAGGCCCUCCUCUUACUCUUCUUAUUGACCAGGGAGCCGCUGAUAAGUUCUACAUUGAAAAGCAACUGCUCCCCGAGAACUUGGUGGAAGCCUGCCGUUCAGUUGGCGUGCCAGUUAUACUGAACUUGCGCGAAGGUUACGACCACUCCUAUUAUUACAUUUCCUCGUUUAUCGGAGAGCAUUUUGAUUUCCACGCGAAGAUACUCAAAGCCUAAGACAUCACAAAAAUCAACAAAGUUGAAAAAAUAAAUUUUAAAUGUAUUUAUUUUUUUAUGCAAUAAAGUUGUUUUAAAUAAAAUA